CGCACAACAACAUUCAGUCUGGCACAGCUGAUAAAAUUUUCAUUUACCUACAAAUAAUUUAAUAAUUUUAAACGCAUAAAUAUUUACUCAGUUGACUGCGCAACAUGUAUAAACGCUAUAGUCUGCCAUUGCUGCUGCUCCUGGCCAGCUUCAGCUGCAGCUUGGGCUACUCCGCUAAUAGAGAUGCUGCAAUCAUUGCCGAGCAUCGCCAGCACUUGAAGCUGGAUCAUGCCAAGAUUGCACGCGAAUUGGUGCAUCGUGCCAAUUGGGCCUCUGUGGGCAGCAUAUCAACUAACGAAAUUGUCAAGGACUAUCCCAUGGUCAACAUAAUCGCCAUUGAUGACAACGAUGCAAACAACAGCUCAACUGGUAAAAUACAUUUUCUGCUUACCGACUUGGACUUUACGGGCCCCGAUUGGCAAAGCAACAACAAGGUAACAUUUCUGUUUAGCGAUGAACAAACUCUGAACUGCAAGAAUGCCAACAAGGAUCCCAUGGAGCCCACCUGUGCACGCACAAUCAUCAGCGGACAAGUUAAAAGGCUACCAGAAGACACUCCCAGCUAUAAGGCAUCCUUGCAAGAUUUUAUUAAACGUCAUCCUGCAGCAGCUAACUGGAUCCCUGAGCACCAUUUCUACCUUUGUGAGCUGGACAUACAGAAUAUAUUUGUGCUGGACUUUUAUGGUGGACCGCAUAAUGUCAAGCCCGCGGAUUAUUAUGCCAUUCAGCUUUGAGCACUUCGCUUUUGACUUUGACAACCAAACGAGCUGUGAAUUUCUUCAAUUCUAAUAUUUAAUAACUUUCGGGAACAAGUCACAAUCAAUGGGCAACAAAGUUUACAAAAUACUUUUUAAUAUGCUUACACUCGAGAUUUUUAACGGUUGUGAGAAUUCUAUAAUUUUUUUUAUUGUAUCCCAAUUAGUGAUUUAUAUGGACAACGUAGCAAAACAUAAAUAAAAAGUUUGGUUUACAGACAUGGUUAGUUUCAGAUAAA